AUAUAUAUAUAUAUAUAUCAAUUUAUUGAUCACAUGACCGGUAUAUAUAUUGUCAAUUAUUCUUUGAAUACUGUUGACAUAAUAUCUCAGAUAUUUUGUGUUGGAGGAGUUUCAAACAUAUCCCUCUUCAAAGUCCCUAGGGACCCAGGAAUGCCAGAAAACGUUUUAUCCAGUCAACGUUGUAUGGAAUCUUCUCAGAAACAUAUAGAAAAUGCAGAAUUGCAAGCUACGGUUUUGAUUGGAUAUUUACCUAUGAUGUUACUAUAUUUAGUAUGGUUCCGGAAAUUUCAAGAAGCUCCAGGUCGCAUUUAACUACAAACACCCUCUUUUUUUCUGUACAAAAGCCAACCUUGGAGUAAAGCGUUCUUUUUGCA